AUGAAAUUCAUUAUACAUGAUGAUGAAGGUUCAGAUGCCAGUUAUACUACAGAAGAAGAACUGCACGCAGACAGGGCUGCACCAGGGUCCUCACAAGAAAGGCCGCAGAUAUCUCACAGAGGACAGCAUGAGCGGACCGACGCUGCCCACGGACACUCGGGCACGGGCACCGCCAGGGAACACGGCACGGCACGCGGUCAGUCCACAGACAGCCCCCGGCGAUCGGGCUCCCGUCACGCCGAGACUUCCUCUCGCGGACAGACCAGGACCAGCGCCCAGGCAGGCCGCGGCGGCCAGCAGGAGCAGGCAGCCGACGGCUCCCGGCGCAAGGCCUCCGCCCGGGGACAGUCCCCCUCGGGCUCCAGCACAGAGCGAACCCGCGCAUCCGCCGCCUCUCCCCAGGCCAGCGACAGCGAAGCCUCCUCGGAGGAGUCCUCCCACACCGCCGGGCGCUCUGGGGCCACCUCCGGCAGCCAGCGCGCCUCCACGCGAGGCCAGGCCCCGGACGGCGCCAGGCGCUCGGGCUCCCGCCACGCCCAGACUGCCACACACACGCAGGCCGACUCUGGCCGCGCACGCUCGGGCUCCAGCACCAGGGAGGCUGAGGGGCGCCGCCGCCAGCCCUCUGCUGACGCCCCCAGACACUCAGGCCAGGCCCAGGGCCACACCUCCUCUGGGUCCCGGGCCGGCAGGCGCCGCGACUCCAGCGCCAGUCAGGACAGCGAGGCCGAGGCGCAGAACCAGCACGCAGAUGGCCAGACCCGAGGCACCCACAAGACCGCCAGGGCGACGCACGAGGGUCAACGCGAGGCAACACAAGGCCGGUCGCGCGACACCUCUGGACACUCUGGGGCUCACCUCUACCUGAUGUCCUCCCACGAGGACCAGGAAGAGGAAAAAGGACAGUCCAAGCCCAGGACCGGCGGCAGACAGGGCUCGCGCCACCAGCAGGAGGCCGACAGCACCCGGCACGCGGGGUCCAGCGGGAGACGCACUGAGUCUGCGCACGGCCACGCUGGAGCCGGCACGGGCGCCAGACAGGGCUCCCAGCACGAGCAGGCUAGAGACAGCGCCGCGCGCUCCCAGUCGGCCCGGGCCCCAUCGUCCGCGGAGACCAGGCCCAGAGGAAGCAGGGGCUCCAGCGUCAGCCAGGACAGCGACAGCGAGGGUCACUCAGAGCAGUCCGAGAGGCGCUCGGGGCGCACCUCCGAGAGCCACCGCCAGUCGGGCGACAGCGCCAGGCAGUCUGGGGCCCAUGGAGGCCAGAGAGCCCAGCGCCACCAGUCUGACGCUGCCCACGGACACUCGGGCACGGGCACCGCCAGGGAACACGGCACGGCACGCGGUCAGUCCACAGACAGCCCCCGGCGAUCGGGCUCCCGUCACGCCGAGACUUCCUCUCGCGGACAGACCAGGACCAGCGCCCAGGCAGGCCGCGGCGGCCAGCAGGAGCAGGCAGCCGACGGCUCCCGGCGCAAGGCCUCCGCCCGGGGACAGUCCCCCUCGGGCUCCAGCACAGAGCGAACCCGCGCAUCCGCCGCCUCUCCCCAGGCCAGCGACAGCGAAGCCUCCUCGGAGGAGUCCUCCCACACCGCCGGGCGCUCUGGGGCCACCUCCGGCAGCCAGCGCGCCUCCACGCGAGGCCAGGCCCCGGACGGCGCCAGGCGCUCGGGCUCCCGCCACGCCCAGACUGCCACACACACGCAGGCCGACUCUGGCCGCGCACGCUCGGGCUCCAGCACCAGGGAGGCUGAGGGGCGCCGCCGCCAGCCCUCUGCUGACGCCCCCAGACACUCAGGCCAGGCCCAGGGCCACACCUCCUCUGGGUCCCGGGCCGGCAGGCGCCGCGACUCCAGCGCCAGUCAGGACAGCGAGGCCGAGGCGCAGAACCAGCACGCAGAUGGCCAGACCCGAGGCACCCACAAGACCGCCAGGGCGACGCACGAGGGUCAACGCGAGGCAACACAAGGCCGGUCGCGCGACACCUCUGGACACUCUGGGGCUCACCUCUACCUGAUGUCCUCCCACGAGGACCAGGAAGAGGAAAAAGGACAGUCCAAGCCCAGGACCGGCGGCAGACAGGGCUCGCGCCACCAGCAGGAGGCCGACAGCACCCGGCACGCGGGGUCCAGCGGGAGACGCACUGAGUCUGCGCACGGCCACGCUGGAGCCGGCACGGGCGCCAGACAGGGCUCCCAGCACGAGCAGGCUAGAGACAGCGCCGCGCGCUCCCAGUCGGCCCGGGCCCCAUCGUCCGCGGAGACCAGGCCCAGAGGAAGCAGGGGCUCCAGCGUCAGCCAGGACAGCGACAGCGAGGGUCACUCAGAGCAGUCCGAGAGGCGCUCGGGGCGCACCUCCGAGAGCCACCGCCAGUCGGGCGACAGCGCCAGGCAGUCUGGGGCCCAUGGAGGCCAGAGAGCCCAGCGCCACCAGUCUGACGCUGCCCACGGACACUCGGGCACGGGCACCGCCAGGGAACACGGCACGGCACGCGGUCAGUCCACAGACAGCCCCCGGCGAUCGGGCUCCCGUCACGCCGAGACUUCCUCUCGCGGACAGACCAGGACCAGCGCCCAGGCAGGCCGCGGCGGCCAGCAGGAGCAGGCAGCCGACGGCUCCCGGCGCAAGGCCUCCGCCCGGGGACAGUCCCCCUCGGGCUCCAGCACAGAGCGAACCCGCGCAUCCGCCGCCUCUCCCCAGGCCAGCGACAGCGAAGCCUCCUCGGAGGAGUCCUCCCACACCGCCGGGCGCUCUGGGGCCACCUCCGGCAGCCAGCGCGCCUCCACGCGAGGCCAGGCCCCGGACGGCGCCAGGCGCUCGGGCUCCCGCCACGCCCAGACUGCCACACACACGCAGGCCGACUCUGGCCGCGCACGCUCGGGCUCCAGCACCAGGGAGGCUGAGGGGCGCCGCCGCCAGCCCUCUGCUGACGCCCCCAGACACUCAGGCCAGGCCCAGGGCCACACCUCCUCUGGGUCCCGGGCCGGCAGGCGCCGCGACUCCAGCGCCAGUCAGGACAGCGAGGCCGAGGCGCAGAACCAGCACGCAGAUGGCCAGACCCGAGGCACCCACAAGACCGCCAGGGCGACGCACGAGGGUCAACGCGAGGCAACACAAGGCCGGUCGCGCGACACCUCUGGACACUCUGGGGCUCACCUCUACCUGAUGUCCUCCCACGAGGACCAGGAAGAGGAAAAAGGACAGUCCAAGCCCAGGACCGGCGGCAGACAGGGCUCGCGCCACCAGCAGGAGGCCGACAGCACCCGGCACGCGGGGUCCAGCGGGAGACGCACUGAGUCUGCGCACGGCCACGCUGGAGCCGGCACGGGCGCCAGACAGGGCUCCCAGCACGAGCAGGCUAGAGACAGCGCCGCGCGCUCCCAGUCGGCCCGGGCCCCAUCGUCCGCGGAGACCAGGCCCAGAGGAAGCAGGGGCUCCAGCGUCAGCCAGGACAGCGACAGCGAGGGUCACUCAGAGCAGUCCGAGAGGCGCUCGGGGCGCACCUCCGAGAGCCACCGCCAGUCGGGCGACAGCGCCAGGCAGUCUGGGGCCCAUGGAGGCCAGAGAGCCCAGCGCCACCAGUCUGACGCUGCCCACGGACACUCGGGCACGGGCACCGCCAGGGAACACGGCACGGCACGCGGUCAGUCCACAGACAGCCCCCGGCGAUCGGGCUCCCGUCACGCCGAGACUUCCUCUCGCGGACAGACCAGGACCAGCGCCCAGGCAGGCCGCGGCGGCCAGCAGGAGCAGGCAGCCGACGGCUCCCGGCGCAAGGCCUCCGCCCGGGGACAGUCCCCCUCGGGCUCCAGCACAGAGCGAACCCGCGCAUCCGCCGCCUCUCCCCAGGCCAGCGACAGCGAAGCCUCCUCGGAGGAGUCCUCCCACACCGCCGGGCGCUCUGGGGCCACCUCCGGCAGCCAGCGCGCCUCCACGCGAGGCCAGGCCCCGGACGGCGCCAGGCGCUCGGGCUCCCGCCACGCCCAGACUGCCACACACACGCAGGCCGACUCUGGCCGCGCACGCUCGGGCUCCAGCACCAGGGAGGCUGAGGGGCGCCGCCGCCAGCCCUCUGCUGACGCCCCCAGACACUCAGGCCAGGCCCAGGGCCACACCUCCUCUGGGUCCCGGGCCGGCAGGCGCCGCGACUCCAGCGCCAGUCAGGACAGCGAGGCCGAGGCGCAGAACCAGCACGCAGAUGGCCAGACCCGAGGCACCCACAAGACCGCCAGGGCGACGCACGAGGGUCAACGCGAGGCAACACAAGGCCGGUCGCGCGACACCUCUGGACACUCUGGGGCUCACCUCUACCUGAUGUCCUCCCACGAGGACCAGGAAGAGGAAAAAGGACAGUCCAAGCCCAGGACCGGCGGCAGACAGGGCUCGCGCCACCAGCAGGAGGCCGACAGCACCCGGCACGCGGGGUCCAGCGGGAGACGCACUGAGUCUGCGCACGGCCACGCUGGAGCCGGCACGGGCGCCAGACAGGGCUCCCAGCACGAGCAGGCUAGAGACAGCGCCGCGCGCUCCCAGUCGGCCCGGGCCCCAUCGUCCGCGGAGACCAGGCCCAGAGGAAGCAGGGGCUCCAGCGUCAGCCAGGACAGCGACAGCGAGGGUCACUCAGAGCAGUCCGAGAGGCGCUCGGGGCGCACCUCCGAGAGCCACCGCCAGUCGGGCGACAGCGCCAGGCAGUCUGGGGCCCAUGGAGGCCAGAGAGCCCAGCGCCACCAGUCUGACGCUGCCCACGGACACUCGGGCACGGGCACCGCCAGGGAACACGGCACGGCACGCGGUCAGUCCACAGACAGCCCCCGGCGAUCGGGCUCCCGUCACGCCGAGACUUCCUCUCGCGGACAGACCAGGACCAGCGCCCAGGCAGGCCGCGGCGGCCAGCAGGAGCAGGCAGCCGACGGCUCCCGGCGCAAGGCCUCCGCCCGGGGACAGUCCCCCUCGGGCUCCAGCACAGAGCGAACCCGCGCAUCCGCCGCCUCUCCCCAGGCCAGCGACAGCGAAGCCUCCUCGGAGGAGUCCUCCCACACCGCCGGGCGCUCUGGGGCCACCUCCGGCAGCCAGCGCGCCUCCACGCGAGGCCAGGCCCCGGACGGCGCCAGGCGCUCGGGCUCCCGCCACGCCCAGACUGCCACACACACGCAGGCCGACUCUGGCCGCGCACGCUCGGGCUCCAGCACCAGGGAGGCUGAGGGGCGCCGCCGCCAGCCCUCUGCUGACGCCCCCAGACACUCAGGCCAGGCCCAGGGCCACACCUCCUCUGGGUCCCGGGCCGGCAGGCGCCGCGACUCCAGCGCCAGUCAGGACAGCGAGGCCGAGGCGCAGAACCAGCACGCAGAUGGCCAGACCCGAGGCACCCACAAGACCGCCAGGGCGACGCACGAGGGUCAACGCGAGGCAACACAAGGCCGGUCGCGCGACACCUCUGGACACUCUGGGGCUCACCUCUACCUGAUGUCCUCCCACGAGGACCAGGAAGAGGAAAAAGGACAGUCCAAGCCCAGGACCGGCGGCAGACAGGGCUCGCGCCACCAGCAGGAGGCCGACAGCACCCGGCACGCGGGGUCCAGCGGGAGACGCACUGAGUCUGCGCACGGCCACGCUGGAGCCGGCACGGGCGCCAGACAGGGCUCCCAGCACGAGCAGGCUAGAGACAGCGCCGCGCGCUCCCAGUCGGCCCGGGCCCCAUCGUCCGCGGAGACCAGGCCCAGAGGAAGCAGGGGCUCCAGCGUCAGCCAGGACAGCGACAGCGAGGGUCACUCAGAGCAGUCCGAGAGGCGCUCGGGGCGCACCUCCGAGAGCCACCGCCAGUCGGGCGACAGCGCCAGGCAGUCUGGGGCCCAUGGAGGCCAGAGAGCCCAGCGCCACCAGUCUGACGCUGCCCACGGACACUCGGGCACGGGCACCGCCAGGGAACACGGCACGGCACGCGGUCAGUCCACAGACAGCCCCCGGCGAUCGGGCUCCCGUCACGCCGAGACUUCCUCUCGCGGACAGACCAGGACCAGCGCCCAGGCAGGCCGCGGCGGCCAGCAGGAGCAGGCAGCCGACGGCUCCCGGCGCAAGGCCUCCGCCCGGGGACAGUCCCCCUCGGGCUCCAGCACAGAGCGAACCCGCGCAUCCGCCGCCUCUCCCCAGGCCAGCGACAGCGAAGCCUCCUCGGAGGAGUCCUCCCACACCGCCGGGCGCUCUGGGGCCACCUCCGGCAGCCAGCGCGCCUCCACGCGAGGCCAGGCCCCGGACGGCGCCAGGCGCUCGGGCUCCCGCCACGCCCAGACUGCCACACACACGCAGGCCGACUCUGGCCGCGCACGCUCGGGCUCCAGCACCAGGGAGGCUGAGGGGCGCCGCCGCCAGCCCUCUGCUGACGCCCCCAGACACUCAGGCCAGGCCCAGGGCCACACCUCCUCUGGGUCCCGGGCCGGCAGGCGCCGCGACUCCAGCGCCAGUCAGGACAGCGAGGCCGAGGCGCAGAACCAGCACGCAGAUGGCCAGACCCGAGGCACCCACAAGACCGCCAGGGCGACGCACGAGGGUCAACGCGAGGCAACACAAGGCCGGUCGCGCGACACCUCUGGACACUCUGGGGCUCACCUCUACCUGAUGUCCUCCCACGAGGACCAGGAAGAGGAAAAAGGACAGUCCAAGCCCAGGACCGGCGGCAGACAGGGCUCGCGCCACCAGCAGGAGGCCGACAGCACCCGGCACGCGGGGUCCAGCGGGAGACGCACUGAGUCUGCGCACGGCCACGCUGGAGCCGGCACGGGCGCCAGACAGGGCUCCCAGCACGAGCAGGCUAGAGACAGCGCCGCGCGCUCCCAGUCGGCCCGGGCCCCAUCGUCCGCGGAGACCAGGCCCAGAGGAAGCAGGGGCUCCAGCGUCAGCCAGGACAGCGACAGCGAGGGUCACUCAGAGCAGUCCGAGAGGCGCUCGGGGCGCACCUCCGAGAGCCACCGCCAGUCGGGCGACAGCGCCAGGCAGUCUGGGGCCCAUGGAGGCCAGAGAGCCCAGCGCCACCAGUCUGACGCUGCCCACGGACACUCGGGCACGGGCACCGCCAGGGAACACGGCACGGCACGCGGUCAGUCCACAGACAGCCCCCGGCGAUCGGGCUCCCGUCACGCCGAGACUUCCUCUCGCGGACAGACCAGGACCAGCGCCCAGGCAGGCCGCGGCGGCCAGCAGGAGCAGGCAGCCGACGGCUCCCGGCGCAAGGCCUCCGCCCGGGGACAGUCCCCCUCGGGCUCCAGCACAGAGCGAACCCGCGCAUCCGCCGCCUCUCCCCAGGCCAGCGACAGCGAAGCCUCCUCGGAGGAGUCCUCCCACACCGCCGGGCGCUCUGGGGCCACCUCCGGCAGCCAGCGCGCCUCCACGCGAGGCCAGGCCCCGGACGGCGCCAGGCGCUCGGGCUCCCGCCACGCCCAGACUGCCACACACACGCAGGCCGACUCUGGCCGCGCACGCUCGGGCUCCAGCACCAGGGAGGCUGAGGGGCGCCGCCGCCAGCCCUCUGCUGACGCCCCCAGACACUCAGGCCAGGCCCAGGGCCACACCUCCUCUGGGUCCCGGGCCGGCAGGCGCCGCGACUCCAGCGCCAGUCAGGACAGCGAGGCCGAGGCGCAGAACCAGCACGCAGAUGGCCAGACCCGAGGCACCCACAAGACCGCCAGGGCGACGCACGAGGGUCAACGCGAGGCAACACAAGGCCGGUCGCGCGACACCUCUGGACACUCUGGGGCUCACCUCUACCUGAUGUCCUCCCACGAGGACCAGGAAGAGGAAAAAGGACAGUCCAAGCCCAGGACCGGCGGCAGACAGGGCUCGCGCCACCAGCAGGAGGCCGACAGCACCCGGCACGCGGGGUCCAGCGGGAGACGCACUGAGUCUGCGCACGGCCACGCUGGAGCCGGCACGGGCGCCAGACAGGGCUCCCAGCACGAGCAGGCUAGAGACAGCGCCGCGCGCUCCCAGUCGGCCCGGGCCCCAUCGUCCGCGGAGACCAGGCCCAGAGGAAGCAGGGGCUCCAGCGUCAGCCAGGACAGCGACAGCGAGGGUCACUCAGAGCAGUCCGAGAGGCGCUCGGGGCGCACCUCCGAGAGCCACCGCCAGUCGGGCGACAGCGCCAGGCAGUCUGGGGCCCAUGGAGGCCAGAGAGCCCAGCGCCACCAGUCUGACGCUGCCCACGGACACUCGGGCACGGGCACCGCCAGGGAACACGGCACGGCACGCGGUCAGUCCACAGACAGCCCCCGGCGAUCGGGCUCCCGUCACGCCGAGACUUCCUCUCGCGGACAGACCAGGACCAGCGCCCAGGCAGGCCGCGGCGGCCAGCAGGAGCAGGCAGCCGACGGCUCCCGGCGCAAGGCCUCCGCCCGGGGACAGUCCCCCUCGGGCUCCAGCACAGAGCGAACCCGCGCAUCCGCCGCCUCUCCCCAGGCCAGCGACAGCGAAGCCUCCUCGGAGGAGUCCUCCCACACCGCCGGGCGCUCUGGGGCCACCUCCGGCAGCCAGCGCGCCUCCACGCGAGGCCAGGCCCCGGACGGCGCCAGGCGCUCGGGCUCCCGCCACGCCCAGACUGCCACACACACGCAGGCCGACUCUGGCCGCGCACGCUCGGGCUCCAGCACCAGGGAGGCUGAGGGGCGCCGCCGCCAGCCCUCUGCUGACGCCCCCAGACACUCAGGCCAGGCCCAGGGCCACACCUCCUCUGGGUCCCGGGCCGGCAGGCGCCGCGACUCCAGCGCCAGUCAGGACAGCGAGGCCGAGGCGCAGAACCAGCACGCAGAUGGCCAGACCCGAGGCACCCACAAGACCGCCAGGGCGACGCACGAGGGUCAACGCGAGGCAACACAAGGCCGGUCGCGCGACACCUCUGGACACUCUGGGGCUCACCUCUACCUGAUGUCCUCCCACGAGGACCAGGAAGAGGAAAAAGGACAGUCCAAGCCCAGGACCGGCGGCAGACAGGGCUCGCGCCACCAGCAGGAGGCCGACAGCACCCGGCACGCGGGGUCCAGCGGGAGACGCACUGAGUCUGCGCACGGCCACGCUGGAGCCGGCACGGGCGCCAGACAGGGCUCCCAGCACGAGCAGGCUAGAGACAGCGCCGCGCGCUCCCAGUCGGCCCGGGCCCCAUCGUCCGCGGAGACCAGGCCCAGAGGAAGCAGGGGCUCCAGCGUCAGCCAGGACAGCGACAGCGAGGGUCACUCAGAGCAGUCCGAGAGGCGCUCGGGGCGCACCUCCGAGAGCCACCGCCAGUCGGGCGACAGCGCCAGGCAGUCUGGGGCCCAUGGAGGCCAGAGAGCCCAGCGCCACCAGUCUGACGCUGCCCACGGACACUCGGGCACGGGCACCGCCAGGGAACACGGCACGGCACGCGGUCAGUCCACAGACAGCCCCCGGCGAUCGGGCUCCCGUCACGCCGAGACUUCCUCUCGCGGACAGACCAGGACCAGCGCCCAGGCAGGCCGCGGCGGCCAGCAGGAGCAGGCAGCCGACGGCUCCCGGCGCAAGGCCUCCGCCCGGGGACAGUCCCCCUCGGGCUCCAGCACAGAGCGAACCCGCGCAUCCGCCGCCUCUCCCCAGGCCAGCGACAGCGAAGCCUCCUCGGAGGAGUCCUCCCACACCGCCGGGCGCUCUGGGGCCACCUCCGGCAGCCAGCGCGCCUCCACGCGAGGCCAGGCCCCGGACGGCGCCAGGCGCUCGGGCUCCCGCCACGCCCAGACUGCCACACACACGCAGGCCGACUCUGGCCGCACACGCUCGGGCUCCAGCACCAGGGAGGCUGAGGGGCGCCGCCGCCAGCCCUCUGCUGACGCCCCCAGACACUCAGGCCAGGCUCAGGGCCACACCUCCGCUGGGUCCCGGGCAGGCAGGCGCCGCGACUCCAGCGCCAGUCAGGACAGCGAGGCCGAGGCGCAGAACCAGCACUCAGAUGGUGGCCAGUCAGGGUCAACUGAUGACCACGUUGGAUUGUUUUCUCAGAAUCAUCGUGUUAGCUAUUCUCAUAAUUCAUCUACUGAUAGUGGAAGCGUAUAUUCUCCUGAGAAUUCUAAACACCUGGAUUUCACUCAGUAUGAAGUAUACUAUUACUAUGAUUAA